AUGGUCGUCGACUUGGAUCAGCACUUGAAGCCAGGGAAAUCUUCCUACGUUGCCAUUGGACUUGAGGGCUCUGCCAACAAGUUGGGUGUGGGCCUCAUACGACACCAUCCAGGCCAGCUAUCGCUCUCCAACAGAGCAGAGGUGCUUGCCAACAUCAGAGACACCUACAUUACUCCUCCAGGUGAAGGGUUUCUUCCAAGAGACACUGCUAGACACCACAGAAACUGGGUUGUUCGGUUGAUCAAGCAGGCUCUUGAUGAGGCAAGGUUGGGUAAAGACGACAUCGAUGUGAUAUGCUUUACAAAGGGUCCUGGAAUGGGUGCUCCUCUACAGAGCGUUGUUAUUGCUGCUAGAACGCUUUCAUUACUAUGGGAUAUUCCAUUGGUGGGUGUGAACCACUGCAUUGGCCAUAUUGAGAUGGGAAGAGAGAUAACUGGUGCCCACAACCCUGUGGUAUUGUAUGUUUCGGGUGGAAACACUCAAGUUAUUGCUUAUUCGAAACAAAAAUACAGAAUUUUCGGUGAAACAUUAGAUAUAGCCAUUGGUAACUGUCUCGACAGAUUUGCAAGAACUUUGGAGAUCUCCAAUGAUCCCUCCCCAGGUUAUAACAUUGAGCAGUUGGCUAAAAAGGGCAAACACUUUGUUGAAUUGCCUUAUACUGUCAAGGGAAUGGACUUGAGCAUGAGUGGUAUAUUGGCUUACAUUGAUGAAAUUGCAAACACUCUAUUUAAUAAAAAAAACGCCAAACCACUUCAAAAUGAAGAAGGUAAAAACAAAAACAAAAAAAAUAAUCUCUGUUUUUCUUUGCAAGAAUGUUUAUUUUCAAUGUUGGUUGAAAUAACAGAGAGAGCAAUGGCUCACGUUAACUCAAAUGAGGUCUUAAUUGUUGGCGGUGUUGGUUGUAACGAAAGAUUGCAAGAAAUGAUGAAAAUUAUGGUUAGUGAUAGAAAUGGUUCCAUCUUUGCCACUGAUGAAAGAUUUUGUAUUGACAAUGGUAUAAUGAUAGCUCACGCUGGCUUGUUAUCUUACAGAAUGGGUGAUACAACUUCUUUGGAAGAUACUGUAUGUACUCAACAAUAUAGAACAGAUCAAGUAUUGGUCAAAUGGAGAGAUGAUUAA